UUUACGGUACCCCAUACUGCAGGCUGCAGUAUUUGAUAAGGGUAUAAUAGACAAUUCCAUCUGUUUUAAUUAGUGGGGUAAAAAAAACUUGAAACGAAUCUGAUGGACAAGUUCCAGGUCGUGUAUCUCCUCACACGAUAGCUCAUUAGCGUUUCUCCUGACGCCAUCUCCUCACGCCACCGGUGCCGCCAUCUCCUCACGCCACCGGUGCCGCUGCCAGCCAGGUCACCCGCUCGUCGACCUUGCCGCAGCGUCGGCGCCGCCGCGUCUUGCCGCCACCACCAGCCAUCGCCGCUGUGGUCAACCCUGUCCGCCGCCCGCCAGCCAGGUCACCCGCCGCAGCCUCUCCGGGUCCUGAUCCGGGAAACCUCAUCGUGUCGACCUUGCCGCAGCAUCGCCGCUGUGUUCAACCCAGUCCGCCGCCCACCAGCCAGGUCACCCGCUCGUCGCGCGCUUAUCGAACAGGCCGCAGCCUCUCCUGGUCCUGAUCCGGGAAAUCUCAGCUUUACGUCAUGGAGGGCAUGGAGGACAAUGAAGAGCACGAUAUGGUGGUUAAUGAAACUUUUAGUAGCGAGGAAGAAGGUUACAAGUACUACAAUGCAUAUGCUAAGUCCAAGGGGUUUGGUGUUAGAAAAGAAGAGCUGACUAAGAAGCCAGGCACGAACAUAGCUUUCCGGCGUCUUUAUGUGUGCUCCAAAGAAGGAUAUCGGGCAAGGAAGCACUUUGAAAAAACUAAACGAAACGAACACCUCGGCCACUUUCGCGUUGUGGAUGCGGUGCUCGGAUGGAGAUCGAGAUGUCUAUGGAAAGUGGAGAAUGGUUUGUAAAAGAUUUCGUGGUUGAACAUAACCAUCCACUCGCCAUUGGUGAUCGGACAACUUUCAUAAGGUCUCAUCGUGGGUUGAAUGACGCUCAAAAGGCUGAUGCCAUUGAGUAUGGGAUUGGUGGCCUUCGAACACACGAGAUUAUGGAAGUAAUGGAGAAGCAGCAUGGUGGCCCCGAGAAGGUAGGCUUUGUACCUCGGGAUCUCUAUAAUUUUUUUGCCAAGUACAAGAAGGAAAGGAUUGAAGGUCGUGAUGCUGAAUUUAUGCUCAAUUAUAUGGCUGCAAGACAAGAGAAAGAUCCAGAAUUCUUUUACAAGCACAGCACUGAUAGUGAAGGGCACCUGGAAAACAUAUUUUGGGCAGACGCACAGUGUCGGAUGGAUUACGAUGCCUUUGGUGGUGUCGUGGUCUUUGAUAGCACAUACCGUGUGAACAAAUACAAUCUUCCGUUUGUCCCCUUCAUUGGUGUGAACCACCAUCGUAGCACGACUGUGUUUGGAUUUGGUAUUGUGUCAGAUGAGAAAACGAAAUCUUAUGUGUGGUUGCUUGAAGCAUUUUUGGAGUCGGCGCAGCAGAACCAUCCUAGGUCAGUAAUCACCGAUGGUGACCAUGCUAUGGCAAGGGCAAUCUCGAAAGUAUUUCCUAAUGCAGAUCACAGGUUGUGUAGCUGGCACAUCGAGCAAAAUAUGAUACGCCAUCUCCGCAAAACAAAGCUCAGCGAUUUUAGAAAAUUUGUUUAUUACUACAGGAAUGUCGACGAGUUCGAGAGUCGUUGGGCAGAUUUUCUGGAGGAGUAUGAAAUCUCAGAAAAAGAUGCAUGGAUUAAUAGGAUGUACGAGCUACGGAAGAAGUGGUCUAGAGCCUAUACCAAAGAUAGAUAUUUUCUUGGGAUGCAGAGUAAUCAGCGUAGUGAAAGUCUAAACUCUAGGAUUCAUAAGAAUUUGGAUAGGCGAAUGUCACUUGCUGAUUUGUUAGAGCAUACAGAUCACUGUUUAUGGCGUAUACGCAAGAAUGAGGCCGAAUUGGAUGCUAGAGCUUCACAGACAGUACCUUUUACAGAAUUAGAUGCUGAACCACUUUUGAGAAGUUCUGCAAACAUUUAUACUCCAGUGAUGUUCAAGAAGGUGAAGCAGCAGAUAGAUCAAUUGCCAAAAUGGGGGGUAGCAAAGGUGACCAAGCAGGAUGCUGUAGUAGUUUAUGCUGUUGCUCUCAAAGAGAGAAGGGAUGCCAUUUAUGAUGUGAAGCUUACCAUGGCCGGCCCAAUGCUCCAGGGAGUUAAUUGUCGCUGCCUGAAGAUGGAGACAGAGGAGAUCCCCUGCACACACAUAUUCUCUGUUCUGAAGUUCCUUGGCUUGAUCAGCGUUCCUAGUUGUUGUAUUUCGAGAAGAUGGACAAUGCUAGCCAAGCCGGCAUUUGAGUCAGAGAGGAAAGCUAAUAUGCAUGAUUGGUCUGAGCGGAUGGAUCGUUACCACAACCUCCGCAACAGGUCUAAUCUCUUUCUAUUUAAUGCUGCAAGCAGCCCGGAGAAAUCACAGAAGGUUCUUGAUUUUCUAGAGAGUCUUACGCCAGAUGUCGGCGAGGACAACAGCGAAAAUAAGGCGGCAUCAUUUGGUCCUUUGCCUGCAUACUUUUCAGGGGCAGACCAAACCUUCACGGGAAAAGUGCUGGAUCCAAAAAAAAUUAUUCCUAAAGGUGGUCCAUCGAAGAACAAUAAGAGGUGGAAGCCGAUGCAUGAGACGUGGAAAACAAAUAAAUGAUGCUACUUCGACAAGACACGAGUAUUGUUGUCAUAUUUGUUGAUAUAGUUCAGACUUACUUUUAAUAUUUCGUUGGAUUUGGUGAUAUAGUUCAGACUUAUUUUUAAUAUUUCGCUGGAUUUGGUGAUAUAGUUCAGACUUAUUUUUAAUAUUUCGUUGGAACAAAUGUCCAGGUUUUGAUAAGUGUCCAGGUUUUGAUUAAUUAGCUUACGGUUUUUUGAA